CUUCCAAAUUCCAAUUUCCAAACCUCACUACAAAAUUUCUCCAAUUCCCAGCCUCAGUUCCGUGGACUGCAGCACCCUUAGAUUCUGUUACCAAGGGGAAACGCCCGAAGCGUCCUAAAAUGGAUAUGUACAUUCGUGUUAAGCGUAGUAAGACAACAUACUUCAUCCGGUGCAAGCCAUCUGAUAAAAUUCUUGACAUAAAGCAGAAGUUGCAAGAACUCGUUGAUCAGCCAGCUAAUAAUCAACGCUUAAUUCUCCCUGGUACAGGGGAAGUAUUAGAUGACUCUAGGACUCUGGCAGAUCAAAAGGUUGAAAAUGAUGCAGUUGUUGCACUGACCUUGAGAAAAGAUGAUAAUGAAUUUGAGGAGGUUAACAUUGUCCGGCCAAAUGAUUUCUACCAGGCACGGGAUGCAGAUGGUGGCAAUUGGUGAAAAGUCAUACUCGAGCAAUGCCUGGCUCACAAUUACUGGUGGGUUGGUGAAGAAAUCAUAAUGACUCAGGAAACAUUUUCAAACGAUUAAUCAAUUGUAGGGUUUAUGAUGUACUUGUUAGUAUAACACCGAACUUAUUGCCUGAAGAGAGUGUAUGACAGUUCUAAGUGCCAU